GAGCCAGGCCCCGCCCUACAGAGGCAGCCAGCCAUUGGCUUAGGUCUUUGAUGUUUGCGUACUUGUGGGCAGGGGGACAGGCGUCAGUCCCUGGAACCUGCGGACUUCCUCUCUGCUUGUCUGGGUCAUCCUGUCUGCCUGUUGCUGGCCCCGGGCUUGCUCUCUGGCCCCAGCCCUCUCUCACUCUCUCUCUCUCAGCAGCUGUCUCUCUUGUGCCCGCUGGCUUCUCUCCUUCCCCGCAGUUGCCUCCUUCUCCGCCUGCCUGGGUGGCCGCCAUGGGCCGGAAGCGGUUCAUUACUGAUGCCUUCCCUGUAGUGAAGAGGAGGGAGGGCCCCGCUGGACACUGCAAGGGGAAGCUGGCAUCAGAGCUAGGGGAAGAGCCCCAGCCCCUGAGCGUGGAGGAAGUGGAGCUGGAGCUGCUGAGGCAGUUUGACCUGGCCUGGCAGUAUGGGCCCUGCACAGGGAUCACACGGCUGCAGCGCUGGCAGCGGGCAGAGCAGAUGGGCUUGGAGCCUCCCCCAGAAGUACGCCAGGUGCUGCAAACCCACCCUGGAGAUCCCCGCUUCCAGUACAGCCUCUGGCAUCUCUAUCCCCUCUGAGAUACCACCUAAGACCUCCAGCCCACUGCGUGAGAGCCUCGGGAUGUGAGUGAGAGCCAGUUGCUGCCCGUCAGCUCAUCUCUGCUGUGGAGAGCGUCUGGCAGGAAGGAGUCGCACAGGGAAGGAGAGAGGCUGAAUCUGGAGGUCUCCAGCUCUCCAUCUAACCAGCAGGCUCCCGGAGCCCCUCUGGGAGCCCCUCUGAGAACCGAUGAGUGCCUUCUGCAUGAGAAGUGAUCCCUGAGGGCAAGGACCUGGCCGGGACCUUUUGAUGCCUGCCGCAUGCCUCCCUGACCUAAACUGCAGUCCUAGGGAUGGUGUAGCAACUUAGGCACAGCCACGGCACAGCAGGCUCGGUCAGAUACACUCCUACCCAAGGCUGGGAAUCUGAGGGCAGAACUGGCUAAGCUCACAGAGCCAGGGGUUCACUAAUGCUUAUCAAUAAAGAACAGAGCCUAGAAGCCUGAACACCAGUCCCUUAAUGUGACCUUGAGUGGGCUAAGAGCACCCAGCAAGCUGAUAGUUGGGAGAAAGCCAGCACCAUGCCGUUUUUGCAAGGUGCAUGCGCCUCUGCCACUGCCUAACCUUAGACCUGAGAGGGAGAAAUAAAGACACCUUAAGACCAUGGGACAUGUCCUGACAAGAGCCGAGCAGCCUCUGGCGCCCCCUGGUGGCAUACGGGGAAACCACUCUUUAGUUACCCUCACUGACCAGCCAGAGAAAACCUAUCAGACCAGCCACCAAGCCUUCCCCGUGUUCCCCACCUCACGAAAAUGGGUCCUUAGUCAGGGGAGCAUCCAUGAGGCCCAUGGAUGGCAAAGUCCAGACAGACUUACACAUUCCCAGCAGGUACCUCUGCUUCCCACAUGGCAUCUAAAGCAGGGGUUGGGGGAGGGUUUCAAAUCACAGGACCUGCUCAGAGAUGGCCCCCAUCUGAGGGGAUUUGGUAGCAAACUGGAUGGUGCUGGGGAUGGAGGAGAACUGGCUGGAGCUAGAAACGAUCUUUAGGGGGCCCUGGGACGGUCUGGCAUGGAGACCGGAAUCAGUACUUCUCACAUGGUGUCACCUUCAUUUGCUGAAUGAGCCCUCCAUCCGGGGCAGACAGAGACAGAGAGCACUUGGACUCCUCCUAGAGAGUGGCCAGGUGGUCUUUUUAGCCUCCAUUUUACUGAGUACUGAUCAUGUCUCAAGGACUUUGAAUGGUAUAGCUCUAUCCUCCCUUAGAAGUCUUCUAGGGAGAUUCUACAGAGAGGGAACAGAAGUCCAGGAAGGUUGUGCCAAGGUGCCUGGCAGCACCAGCAGGGCCGUGGCGGGGCGGAGGCUGGGUCCAUGCACACCAGGCUCUUCCCGUCCGCACCACGCCCUGCUCGUCCGCCAAGCAUCUGCAGGUCCUCUUGAGUGUUUUUAGUGGUGAGGAGGUGGACAAAAACAGACAUGUAAAUACUAUGUCAGCUGGUGGUCAGUGGUCAGCAAAGAGAGUGCCAGAGAGGCUGGUCAGGGCAGGCUCUCUGACAGGGCGGCCUUCAAGCAGAGAGCCGAAGGACAUAUGGGAGCAAGUCUGUCACCUAUGUGAGCACUCCAGACAGAAGGAACCACAAGCACACCCUCCCCGGGGCAGGAGGGUCUCCAGCCUGGUCAGAGGGCAGAGGGAGCGAGGGGAGUGUGGGGGAAAUGAGGCCAAAGAGGCAGCAGGUUGGCCCCAUAGGGCCUUGCAGGCCAGGACAGGAAUCUGGAUUUUAUUCUGAGAGGAAGACAUUGGUGGGUUUGAAGCCAAUAAAUGACAUAAUCAAGCAUAUUCUGAAAACAUUA